AUGAGGGGUAUGUUUUCGCUGUUUUGUAUGAAGCCCUUAUUGUCCAGUCACAGUUGGGAAUCACUAGGAGAUGCAUAUUUCGUACGUGGCGCUCACACAUCGGCAUUGAAAUCGUAUCAACGAGCAUUAGAAUUGUGCCCGCAAUCUUUAUAUCCAAUGAUACAACAGGCAAAUAUAAAAUUGAUUAUUGGACAACGCAGUGAUGCAAGGAAAGAUUUCAAAUGUAUAUUAUUAAAUGAGCCACGUAAUAUUCCUGCUUUGAAAGGACUAGCAGAAACAUGUUUGACACUAGCAAAAGAAUGUAUAACUAGUCACUAUCUGGGUCGUGCUAAUGACUAUCUUCAAGAAGCAAUGGAUACUUUAACUGUAGCUGUUAAAGGACGUAAAAAUAUAUCUUGUAUUUGGAAAUUACUUGGCGACGUGUCGUCUAGAGUUGCAAUACUACCGGAAAAGUAUAGUUACUUAAAAGUGUCAUCUAUUCUAACAAAAAAUGAAGAUAUUGAAAAUAUCGUCUUGCUUAAACAACGAGACCUGUUUUCAUUAUCUAUGAGAUGUUACUGUUGUGCUCUAUCUUUUUUCCCGCAAUCGGCUUUACUAUGGCAUGAUUUAGCUUUAUGCUAUUUCAAGCAACUACAAUUUGAUCCGUCGGUUGAUCAUAAAAAUCUUGCCAGUAAAUGUCUUGCGGCUGCGAAACAUGCUGUAAGACUAUGUCCUUCGUCGUGGUUACAUUGGAAUCUUUUAGGUGUUAUUUGUAUGUCACCGUACAUAAAGAAUUACGCUUUGGCACAACAUGCUUACGUCAUGGCAAUUGACAGGGAGUUAAAUAAUGCUAUGGUGUGGUCUAACUUGGGAACUUUAUAUCUAUGCAUAGGAAAAUUACAUAAAGCAAACGAGGCUUAUCGUCAAGCACAACGUGAAGAUCCAGCAUAUGUAAAUAGUUGGAUAGGACAAGCUUUAAUUGCUGAAUUGAUGGGCAGAAAAGGAGAAGUAAUGGAUUUAUUCAGGCAUGCUACAGAACUAGGAUAUCAUAAUCAAGCAGCAUUGGGAUAUACGCAUUCGGUACUUAAUGUGAUCUUAAAUUACGAUACUAAGGACGCUUUAAAUACAUAUAUACUAGAAAAUAUGCACGGUAUACAUGUUGCGACUGACGUUAUGACCUGGUAUGUAGAGCGCCAUCCAAAUGAUUGUUAUGCUCGAAAUGCAUAUGGAUUAUUAUUAGAAAGGCAGAAGCUUUAUAAGUCUGCUGUAGAACAAUUUGCAGCAGCUUUACGUAUCAGUAUUAAUGACGAAAAGGAUUUAGUAUGUAUCAACUUAGUACGUGUACUAAUACAACUUAAAAAGUAUAACGAAGCCAUAAAAUUAUGUGAAACAGUUAAGAAAGCCAACUAUAAUUCCCAAUGUCAUUUAGCAUUAGCUUUAUUUAAAGCUGCACAAUAUGAAGAGUCCUAUAACACCUAUGAAACAACACUGCAUUUGUUCACGAAUACUGAAGAAGAAAAAUCUUACAUACUGUGUGCUAUGGCUGCAAUAGCAUACACUUUUCGAAGAGUACACGAUGCAAAAAUUUUGCUUUUCCAAUGUAUACAAAUACAGCCACCAGUUAUAACAGGUCUCUUAGCAGCUGCAUCACUAGGAAUCCUACACAGAGACGUCAAUUUAACCACCUUAGUAUUGAAUGAAUUGAAAUCGUAUGAAAGUCAUCCUGAAUAUGGUCAUCAUGUUGUCAACUUAUCUGCAUAUGUUCAUUUACUUAGAAAUGAUAUAAAAAGUGCUACUAUCGUUCUUUCGAAAGCAAUCUUCAUGUACCCUGGUGACGUAAAACGUUGGAUACGGCUACUCAGGCUUUUAUUCGAAACAGAUUUGCAGGCGUUUAAUAAAUGUGCUGAAAAAGUAUUGUAUUUCAGUAAAAAUAUUCCUACUGAAAGUGUUGCACAUAUUGCGUGUGCAUUAUCUUGUAGUUGUUUCACGCAACGUUUCGAACCGAAAAAUAUUAGAUCCUUGCAAAAACUUUUAUUUACUUAUCCUGGCAAUAUUGAAAGUUGGGCUACGUUCAUAGCGGCAUUUCUAUGGAGGUAUGCAGAUAAGAGCUGUAAUAUCGAUGGUACGUGGCUUUUAGAAUUUCUGUCAAUUAUGGAACGUAAUUACCAGCCAUCAAACUUAAUGGCUAAAUGGAUAAAUGACAGUAAACUAAAACUGGAACAGCUUAAUCAAUCUACAAGCCAGUCACCUAUAAGUAAUCUUGAGAGAAAUAAUAAGUCUGCAACCGUAGUGGAAGUUCUUAAUAAUAAGGAAGUAAUAGUGCAGGAGCGUCCUUAUGAUAAAUUAUCGAAAAAAUAUAAAUUUGAUAAUGUAUUUGAACCUUCUUCCAAACAGAUUGAAGUAUAUAAUAUUGUUGUUAAUCCAUUGUUGGAUGAAGUUUUGGCUGGAUAUAGUUGUACAGUAUUUGCAUAUGGACAAACUGGUACAGGAAAAACAUUCACAAUGGAAGGAAUUAACAGUGAUUCAACUUUGCAUUGGCAAAGUGAUUCAUCUGCUGGUAUAAUACCAAGGUCUUUAAGUCAUAUGUUUGACAAAUUGCAAUUAUUGGAAGCACAAGAAUACACAAUUAGAGUUAGUUUUCUAGAACUUUAUAAUGGAGAUUUAUUUGAUCUUUUAUCACCUAAUGACGAUGCAACUAAAAUAAGAUUGUAUGAAGAUACAUCAAAGAAAGGUGCAGUAAUCAUUCAUGGGUUAAAUGAAGUAACAGUACACAAUAAAAGUGAAGUGUACAAAAUUCUUGAAAAGGGAUCAGAAAAGAGACAAACUGCUGCAACAUUGAUGAACGCUCAAUCUAGGUGCCGGUCUCAUACAGUAUUUUCAAUUACUGUACAUAUGAAAGAAAAUACUACUGAUGGAGAAGAAGUUCUGAAAACAGGAAAAUUAAAUCUAGUGGACCUAGCAGGUAGUGAAAAUAUUGGAAGAUCUGGCUCUGUUGACAAAAGAGCAAGAGAAGCUGGUAGUAUUAAUCAAUCUUUGUUAACACUUGGCAGAGUUAUAACAGCUCUUGUUGAAAGGGCACCUCAUAUACCUUAUCGGGAAUCAAAACUUACAAGAUUACUACAAGAAUCAUUAGGUGGACGAACGAAAACAUCAUUAAUUGCAACUAUAUCUGCUGCUAGUAUUAAUCUUGAAGAAACACUAUCAACAUUAGAUUAUGCACAUCGUGCAAAAAAUAUUACUAAUCGCCCCGAAAUAAAUCGGAAACUUUCGAAAAAAGAAUUUCUUAAACAGUAUACAGAAGAAAUUGAAAGACUACGGAGAGACUUAUUGGCAACGCGUGAAAGGGACGGUGUUUAUCUUGCAAAUGACAAUUAUCAAGAAAUGCAAGCAUUAAUUUCUCAACAGACUAAGGAAAUAGAAGAAAAACUUAAUCAUAUAAAAGCACUUGAAAAAACUAUGCAAGACAAAGAAAAAAUAUAUAACGAACUUGAAUUACAAAAUAUAACUCAAAUGAAAGAGUUACAUGAAGCCAAAGUCAAAUUAAAUAGUGCUUCUAACGCUCUUAAAUCGACAAAUGGUCGAUUAAAACUGGUAGCACAAGAACGGAAUGAGCAAAAAUAUUUAGUAGAAAAGUAUACAAAUACAGAACAGUGUCUAUUGCACCAAGCCCAAAAUUUAUUAAGCGUCGCAGAUACAGCAACAGCAGAUUCCCAUAAGUUACAUGAUAAAAUUGCUCGUAAGAGUGAAACGGAGGAAUCAUUUGAAAUGCUAGGUGAACAGUUUAAAAAUAAUGUUUCUAAAUGUUUACAAGAAGUUGAAAAAGACAUUUUAAUGAAUAAAGAACAAUUAAAGCAGUUAUGUACAUCUAUAAAAAAUGACCUUGGUAUGCAAACUUCAGAUAAAUGUAAAAAUAUUGACACGACAAUACAACGAAUUUCAACAAAUCUUCUUAGUCAACAUUUGUCCGAUACUAGUGAUUUAUCGAAAAAUAUAAAUAAAUCUUAUUCACAUUAUCAAAAUUGGAUGCAGGAUGAAAUAAAAAAUUCAGGGAAUGCAAUAGAAUCUGAACAUGAAUUACUAAGUAUCGUUUCUGUAAAAUUGGCGCAAGAUAUUGAUAAUAUGAUUGAAAAUGCAAUUGCUAAAAACUUACAAAUCGUAAGAAGCAAUGUAUCUCAGAAAUUAAUGCAAACUUCAAGUACUAUAAAAGAAAUGGUAGAUUCUGCUUGUAAUUACGAACUAGAAUCUUAUGAUCAUAUGAUCAAAAAUUGUAAAACUAUUAUGGAAAACAUUGAUGUGGUUCGUGAAAAACAAGAAGUAACUCAGAAACAACAUUUAUUUGCAAAGACGAUGGGAGAUGUAUUUUCCCAGUUCAAUGACUUAAACAAAAGUGAGGAAGAACACUAUUGUACUGUAAUUGACAAAUGUGAUAAUGUUAGUAACAUUUGCAAUAAAGUUAAAGAUUGCAUGAUAAAUAAUUCUACUACAUCUGUUAAUGUGAAACAUACUUUAGAAGAACAGAUACAAAGUAACAUUGAAACAAUUAAAACUGAUGUAAUUCUUGAAACAAAACGGAAUGAAGAAUUAGCUGACAGAACUACAGAACAAGGACAAAGUUUGAUAAAUGAAUUGAAGUCAAGUAUGAAUAGAAGUUGUAAUAUAUUGAAAGAAUACAAGGAUCUCGUUGAAUGCAAUAUUAAAAACAUGGAACCGAAAAUAGAUAUCGAUAAAAAUAAAGUUCUUUUAUUAGUUAAUGAUGCACAUAAUGUAACUUUAGAUGCAUGUAAAAAUCAUGAAGAAUUCUUAAAAGACAGAAAAAUCAAAGCUUCUGAUACUUUUGAAGAAAUAUCCAAGAAAUUGCAAAACCAAGAAAUGGAAUCAUGCAUAUUAAAUGAUAAAGUUGUUGGACAAUUGCAGGCAACGGUACAUGAAAUCAACAAAUUCUUUAAUCAAGAUAUACAACGUGAUAUUCCAACAG